UUUUUCCUUUCUCUCGCCCACCCUUUGGCUCUCGUUUUCUCUCUAAAGAAUGUAUUCUGUCGUCAUCGAAAACAUAUUCUUUUUCUACAGCGAUCCUUACAAGAACUCUGUCUACUGGCGGCUUCCUGCUGACAACGGUCUGUUCAAAGCGUUCCAGCCACUGGGGGCAGUGUGUCGUGUGUGGAGGGUGGUCGCUUUACCGUACAUGUACCAGUUUGCGACCUGCGAGCUGCGGUAUGCCUUAGAUAUUGGCGGGAUCAACAGGGCAGUUUGGUCCGACAACCUGCUGCUGAUCAAGUCAGCUGGCGCUCAGCAUAUGCUAAGCGGGCUCAGCAUCCACGUCGAUGUUGCCAACCCAUGGGUGGUCGUUGAGUAUUUGAAGCAGCUUGAUAUUGAUUUCAUUACCUGGUACCAGUUCACAACCCUGAGGUUCAUAGUCGGCAACCAGGGUGUUCUCAGACCACAGGAGCUCUGCCCACCAGAGGCACUGGAGCUAAUGUGCUCGUUUCUUGUUGACACGAUUCCUGGCCUGCGAGAGAUUUACACCAUACCUAGCGAAGGAAUCGACACAAGCGGUAGUUUUCUAUUGAGACUCAUGAUCAGACGCUUUGCCUGGCGCUUGGAGCGACUAAAUAUCCUCUCGCUCACUCCGGUCAAGCUAAGCCUUGAUUCUGACACUAGGCUUGCGAACAUCAAGCACCUCAACAUCCAGUCAUACAGCGAGCUGCCUCACAGUUUCUACACAAACGUCCAGAUAUACAGCCUGGAGACUCUGAGUCUCAAGCCCUGCGAUCUUGACCUUUUUGUUACGCAGCUUGUAUGCAAGCACACAGUGGGAAACUUUCGCUUCCCUAAGCUCCGUCGACUCACUAUUCACGGCCCUGAAAAUCCUACCAAUGCGUUCAUCUUUCACCACCAGCGAUUCAAAACCCCUCUGCUCAUCAGCCACAGCCCGUUUCCUGCCCUCGAGUUUUUGAGCCUGUCAUGUUACUCGCCAAACACCAGUCGGUUUCUGCGACUUGUACACACAUCGCCUCUACACACCCUUCAUCUGAUUAUGAUCGGGGCAUCUUGUCUUGAUAUAGAGCUAAGUAAACUCAAAGACCUCCAGGAGAUUCGGGUGGUUGUGGAAGUGGUUGGCCGCAGCCCGAUGAAGGAGCGGUUCCGAGAAAUGAUCACUCAGGCAAUAUGUCGACUGCCACACCUGGUGAGACUUGAUGCCCGUUUCAUGGGAAACGCUCGUUUUUGCAAGCCAGUAAGACUUGACACGCAGUUCUCCCAAUGGCCCCACUCGCCAACCUUGCAAAGGCUGCGGCUGCGGCUGCGGACAUACGUUUCUCCCACUGCACUCGUCCGAAUUCUGAAGCAACUGCCACGGCUAUGGGAGCUUUGCGUAUAUAUGGACGUUGCUGAUAUGAGUGAGUGGUCGGCAAGGUACAUGGGUACAGAUAUCAAUGCAGCCACUCCUGAGCCUAUUAGCUAUAGCGCGCAGACGCUGUGCAUCGACAUGCUUACCCACCGUCCAGGAUCACUACAUAUAAUGACGUCUUUUGUCAGGAUCUUCCGUUCGCUGCCAAAUCUCCGCACCCGUCUAUUUACCGCCCAUGUACUACCCGGCAUUUUCCAAAGGGAAAUGGACUUUGGACGGUGUUCCGCCGAAAACCAUGCCCAUUGGUGACAUAGUAUUCAAGACGGUACCAGAGUUUCCGCCGGAUCCGUAGGGCAGCACUAGCUAGAAAUUCCAUUUCCUUUGCACAAUGCAUACUCUGCUGAAGACUGCUGCG